AUGGGGUAGCGCCAUUUGGCUGAGUGGAACACUGCUGCUCCUUCUACAGGUGCAGCCAACCUUUCAACAAAUCUGCAUUACUGUCAACGCCCAGGAGUAAAGCCUUAUUGACUGGAAAGCUGCAGCCUCAGCAUUAGUUGAAUUUACAUAAAGUGGGGAGCUAGACCAAUGGAUCCUUAAAUAAACUUGCACCUGAAGCUCGAACAGUUAACAUGGUCCAGGAGCUACCACAUCUCCCACCUGAAGUUUGGCUCUUGUUGUUCAGGUACCUGAACACGGCAGAAAAACACAUAGUCCGCCUCUGCUGCAAAGACCUCAAGAAGCUCGUCGACCACCCGUCCCUAUGGAAGGACUACACAGUGUUUCUCGGCAGCCUCGUACGCUACACAUCUGGCUUCUGGGACAUGCUAAACCAGCGCAAGAUUACCCGGGUUGCGGUGCGCCAUUUACAGCCCAAAGAUUGGCGAUACCUCAUCCAGUUCCUCCCAUCACUCAGCAGCAUUGUCUGUAUUAGGGGACGGCAGCGGUACACAAUUAAAUACUUGCACUACUUGUCUGAUUUCCCUGACCUGCAGGGUUUUGGGAUACGAAAUGCCGCCUGGGAUGAGCCGCUGCUACUGCAGCUUCAGGUCGAGCUUCUAGCAGAGCGGCUGACCCACCUAAGCAUUUGCAACAUUGAGCUGCCCAGCACGAAGCAUUUCCUCAACUGCGUGUCACAAUUGGUCAACCUGCAGUAUUUGCUGCUUCACCAGCUUCAAUGUGAGGAGAUGGACAUGGUGAAGCUGGUGCCCUGUAACCUGUUCCACAGCCUGCUGCUGAACCUGAAGAAGCUCAAACACUUAUCCUGGGGGAUGAAAGCAAGACCUCUAUUAGGGCAGUUGCCUGAGAAUUACUUUUACCCCCUGGACCCAGAAAAGCCAGGAGCCUACGGUGGCCCAGCACUAACGGCUCUGGAGCUGAUUAAUUACCCAGAAACGGCCCUAUCAGCGAACGCGCUGAUGGGUCUGACCUCACUGAAGUCACUGUUUAUCCGCUAUGACUGCGUCUCAGAGAGCAUCCCGUGCCGUCUGCAGUCCUGGCUGAGUACCAUGCCACAGCUGGAAUCGCUAACAAUCAUCGGUGGGAAUUCUCUCCCCUACUACACCUCCACUUUUCCUCCCCAUCUGAAAAGGCUGACCCUGAGAGUGCUUAUAUGCCUGAGUGACUUGGAAGCCAUUGCAGACAAACUUAAGGAACUUGAACACCUCGACAUGGAUCAGAACCACUACUCCGGCAGUCUCUGUGAACUGCUCCCUACGCUGUUUCCUCAGCUCAGGACUCUGAGGAUACGAUUUUACCGUGAGGCACCACAGAGAGACCUGCUUUCCCUCAAUGCGCUGAGCCGCCUGGAGCGGCUGGAGCUGAUCGUGGAGCGCUCGUACGUUCUCAGAGACCGCAACGGCCACCUCUGGCCAACUCCGGCUUUGCAGGAGCUGAUCGGGGAGCUGCGACAGAGCUCCGGGAACAGAUCCAGCAGCAGUGAAUCCUGUUUGAGACGUUUUUCUGAGGUGCACCUGUAUGUCUACGAUAUUAGCCCAUACUGUCCUGUUGGCUGACAUCCGCAAAUAAGGAUAUUUACAGAGAUCACGCGCUGCUGAUAUUUACAUGUUGCCUUGGUUUAAUAUUUUAGAAAUGGUGCUGAAAAAACUUUAAAACAGGUCAGGUUUUGUUUUUGUUUUUUUUUCCUCCCUCCCACAACAGGAAAAGCAAAAAAUUAUCAUCUGGCUUUUUAAGCAUGUUUUCUGACCCAGCAGACCAGUCAAAGCUGCUGCUUUCUCGGUGCAAAAAAACGUUGCACAUGGUUAAAAUGAUGUGACGCAAAAUCCAGCGUCUCCAAACAUGUUGCACAUGAUACAUUUUCAGGUUGUGUGAGUUGUACUGAGAGCUGUAUUUUCUUGUGGCCAGUUGUCGUGCACAUGCUGUUAGCCCUUUUUGCUAACAGACAUUUUACACUGUUUUUAUAGAUCAAACCCUUUGACAGUUUGAUAACACAUGGCAAGGUGGUCUCUAACCCUUUUUAGCUUGUUUUUACUUUUAUUGA